AUGAUUAAACAAAAUGUGUUACCUAAAAAAAAAGCUAGCGAGAAAAGACGAGUAGCUAGUAAAAAAAAACAAUCAUCAGAGUCAGUGGGUCUUCUCGGGACAAAAAUUGUCACCGAGCUCUGCGAGCUCACAAAAGCAGUCCAAGAAGACGAAACCUUACUAAAGUAUGAAAUUACGGAAUGUAGGAGUCAGUCAGAUAUCAGCCAAACGCAAAGUGUGCAGGACCAAGAAGAAACGAGUUUAAAAAAACAAGUUGAAUACAAAGAAGAGGGAAACGAAGACCAGGAGGAGGAAGAAACAGUGAGCUAUACGGAAGUGAAGAGUAUCUCAGAGGUGGAAAUAAGGAACAGAGUUUUGACGAGAGGAGAGACCUUCGGAGCGAGCUCAGAGAAAACGGAAGAGGAACAGGGAAGUAGAUCAUGGAUCUCAGAAGAAUCGCACGCACAGGGAGAAGAGGGAGCGUUAGAAGAAGAAAAAUAUGAGGAUGCUCAGGGAGAAGAACUUUACAGCCCAGUAGUGGUGGUGGACGAGAGAUGCUUGAUACUGAAGGGGUACGAAAGCAACUACGCCUCAGGAGAGUCGACGCACUCAAAGUCGAGCCUCAACACGACGAAAAACAUGCAACUCCUGAGAAAGUCGCCAUUCUCCACGAGAAACGGGUCGGAAAUAUCGAGAGGAUCCUCAGAGAGUAAGAAGGAAGGGAGCUCAAAGGUGGUUAGCGUUAAGGGAAGUGACAUACUGACAGAGUCGGACUGGAAAGAAGUGACGAGUAAGGAGCAAAGCUACGAAAAGAGCACGAAGGGAACAAGCACGCCAGAUAGACUGAGAGGAAGCAAGGAAAGCGGACUAGAGGAUUCGGACACGCCAAAGUCGCAAAAGGAGUACCAAGUAGCGUACAGAGAAUUCUCGAGAGGCUACAAGGCAAAGAACGCAGCAAAGAGCUCCUCAGAAUCAUAUAAACUGAUGAGAAGAAACGCAAUGGAACUUGACGACUCACCGAGAGAAAGGGAGUCUGAGGAGAAAAGGCUAGUACAAAGGUAUCUGGUGGACGGAGAAGAUGAGAGAGCAGUGAUGUAUUACGAUAAGAUAGAGGACAAUCAGGAGGAGUCCGGAGACAAAGAGAAGGAGCGUGGAGAAGGCACGAAGGGAAAGAGUGAGGUAAUAAAGACGGUUAGGCCAAUUAAGGCUAUUAAGGGUUAUUCUGGUAGUAGGUCAGGUAUAAGGGAGUUGGAGAAAAGGGGUAACGAAUGCAGUAUAAGGGAGUUGGAGAAAAGGGGUAACGAAUGCAGUAUAAGGGAGUUGGAGAAAAGGGGUAACGAAUGCAGUAUAAGGGAGUUGAGUAGGUCUGGUGAAAGAGAAAUGAGUGGAUCAGGCAUAAGGGAGUUAAGUAGAUCAGGCAUAAGGGAAUUAAGUAGAUCAGGUAUAAGGGAAAUAAGUAAAUCAGGUAUAAGGGAAAUAAAGAGAGAAGUGAGUGGGACGACACUGGCAGAGUAUGAAGACGAAGACAAGGAAGAUGAGAAGAAGAGGAAGCACGUAACGCAGAAUAACAUUGGAGUUAGCCUUAUAGUAAAAAGGAAGCCAAAGUCGAAGAAGCUGAGAGGAGGAGUGAAGGCAAUGGAUAAGUUUAACGGGUUCUUCAGCAUCAUGAGAGCAGGAAUGGUGAAGCACACGAUGGUGCUCGCGACAGUGUUCUGGUUAGUGUCGUUCUGGUGUCUGUACCCGUCGAUGUUCACAGGGUGGCUGAAGAAUGAAAUCACGUACAAAAAGGGAGACAUCAAGGGCUCAAGUGUGACGCUAAUAGGCCUUAAUAAGAUUAACAGGUACGACGCAGCAUAUCUGAAGGACGGAGCACUCCUGACGCUCUCAAGAAAGGUCACAUUCGAAGAAAUAUUGAACGAUGAAGACCCUUUGGAAAACUACGAGGAGUUCACAGCAACAGUAACAAGGCUGACACCAGCAAAAGUAAAAGUGACGACGACAGUAGCAGCACCAAAAGAAGUAGUGGAGACCAUGAAAAGAGGCCCAGAAGAAAAUUCAGACAAUGAAGAUGAAUAUGAAGGAGAGGAUUAUAAGUUAGGCAUGGUAAAGGGAGGUGCAAGAACCAGUUUCAUGGAAACGGAAGCGAGGGAGUCAAAGGAAGGCGGAAAGGAGUACACAGAUAAAAGAUACAAAGAAGGCGAGUGGGAAUCAGAGGCGACUAGGAGAGACAGUAGUAGGAGCCCAGAAGGUGAAGAGAAGCAAAUAACGAAGAGUAAUAUAAGAGGAACGAAUGAAGUGGUGGAAAGAGUAAACAUGUCGCUAGAUAUAUACAGACACUGCCCAUACGAAAGAAACUUUAUUAAAAAGUCGUGCUGCUUUAGAGACAUGUGCGAAGUGGGAAACCUAGACGAGAAGGACACAAAGUACUUCAAGUCGCUGUACGGAGCAACAGUGUACGACAUACACUACAGCGAGUUCAAAAACCUGCAAAAGGGAGGAAACAUAGCAAUGAGCACAGGACUACUCUCAAUGUUCUUCUCAUGCAUGGUGAUCAUGAUCACACUCAGUAGGCUUGGAGCAUUCCCACACGAGAAGCUGAAGGAAGCAGCGUUCAACCUGGGGAUCGUAGCAUGGGUCAUCAGCAUCUUCCUCUCGCUACUAGGAUUCCUGCUCUGGAACCACUACACAGGAGGAGCAGUGUGCGUGGACGAGGGCGGAAGGUCGAAGCCAUGCAACCUGCACACAGGAAGCAUACUGUUCAUACUGCACAUCAUCUUCGAGGGAGUGGGACUCAUACUGGAAAUAGUCAACAGCGUGCUCCUGAAGCCGAAGGAAUUGGUGAUAAACGCAGAAGCAUAG